AAUAGAAACAAUCCUUUUUAAUAUAAUGUGAACAAGGCGGCACUGCGGCGCCACUGUUCGGGCAUAGUUUUGAAUCCAGCUUUGACUGCGUGGAGUUUACAUGUUGUCCCAGUUUUCUUGAUGAUUUCUUGCAGGUUCUCCAGUGUCCUCUCAUAGCCCGAUGACAUGCGGUUCGGGUGAAUUGGACGAAUCGCUGGCAUUGUGUACAACUACCCUACGGUGGACUGGCAUCCGACCCCAGCGUACCCUGCAAUGCCUUGCACCCAGUGAUCGUCAUAUGGGCUCUGAACUACUGCGAACCUGCCUGGGACAAGCUGUUAAUGAAAGCGGAUGAACUCUCGGUGCCCUGUCUGAGACCGGAGAGGUUGAGUCCAGCACCUGGAAGGAAACCCAGCAGGGGCUAAUUCUGAAGGUGGUGGGGGUGCCAGCACCACACCGAACAAAGGCGAAUUUUUCCUACAACGAGUCAGUGGAAAUGGAGACAAAAACGUGCUUUCGCGUAAAGGGCCCUGUCCAAAGCCAAGCAAACAGGCGUGACCCUCCUGCCUCGGCCUGGUCACAUGGGCACUUUGCGGGGACAUCAAGCUGCACACUUUGCUGGCUCUGGCUGUGAGCUUCGCUUAGAACUUAUUGAGGAGUUCUGCAUCAGACUGCCUACACUUCACCAAAUUCCAGGUUCACGUACUGGAAAAUUACGGGCGUCCCGGAUAACAGAUCUCCAUCAUCCCUCAGCACGUAGGCCACUCUUCCUGAAGCUGGAGAAGCCAUCAGCCGUUCCCUGUUCAAGCUGUUUCCAACAUUAGCCGGCAGGAGGCGGGACAGACGCCCAAAGCAGCUGCUCGCGCAGACGUAGGAAACGAUCUCAUCGAGGACCUGAAGGACGGAAAACCUUUCAUCUUAGAGCCCCAGCGCUGUGUGGGAAAAAGGAGAGCAAAAACUUGCCGAAGGAUAGAAGCAUGAUACUUGACCCGGGUCUCCCGACAGUGUUUUGUACAGAUCAGUAAAUGCAUUCAGGAGAAAUGCACCAGGCGUAGGAUGGCAGUGGUUCGGAGCCUAUCCCUGAAACAUAUGGCGCCAGGCUGGUCUGAGUACACUAUGGACGGGACUCCGGUCUAUUAUGGGGACACCCCCCCACCCCCCCGGAGGGAAAAAUGCCCGCAGACAUGAUGGAGAAAACGUCGUCGUCCCCGGUGGCGGCCACCCCGGCCAGUAUGAACACGACCCCGGACAAGCCGAAGACCGCGUCAGAGCACAGGAAGGUGAGGGACGAGGCUCGAGCCCGCUCACAGCUGCAUGGUAUACCUCACCUGACCUGUCUCUGUGAGGCUGUCACUCUCUCUCUCUCUCUCUCACACACAGAGUGUCACACGCACACACCGCACACGACGCGUCUUCUCACUCGUGUCCCCCCGUUUCUGUCUUUCCAGUCCUCUAAGCCCAUUAUGGAGAAGAGGAGACGAGCGAGAAUCAACGAGAGCCUCGGGCAGCUGAAGACGCUCAUCCUUGACGCGCUCAAGAAAGAUAGCUCGAGGCACUCGAAGCUGGAGAAGGCGGACAUCCUGGAGAUGACGGUGAAGCACCUGAGGAACCUGCAGAGGGUGCAGAUGACCGCUGCCUUGAACACAGACCCCACCGUCCUGGGGAAGUACAGAGCCGGCUUCAGCGAAUGUAUGAAUGAAGUGACCAGAUUCCUGUCGACGUGCGAAGGGGUCAACGCUGAGGUCAGGACACGGCUUCUAGGACACUUGGCGAGCUGCAUGACUCAGAUCAACGCCAUCAACUUCCCGGCUCAGCACCAGAUUCCCUCCGGGCCCCCUCAUCCUCAUCCGGCCUUCAGCCAGCCCAUGGCGCACAUGGCCGGCGCAUCUCAGCAAGCUGGCGUUCUGCCCUGUAAGAGCGCCUCUGGGUUGCAGUCGGAAGCCACCAAGGUGUACGGUGGUUUCCAGCUGGUUCCGGCCACGGAUGGACAGUUUGCCUUUCUAAUCCCUAACGCGGCGUUUGCGCCGAGUGGACAGGUGGUUCCGGUUUUUGCGAACGGCGCCAACACACCGGUCCCGGCGGCCGUGUCCCCGGGCGCCCCAUCGGCCACCGCGGACUCCGUGUGGAGACCCUGGUAGAACGGGAGGAGGGUUCCCAAAAGACGCUAAAGUAACUCCUGCAUCUUUUUAAAUGCUCCCAGACCGCUCAUUCUUUAUUAAACAGGUCCAAGUGUACUAAACGUGAGAUUAUGCACUAUAUUUGUAAAUAACAUUUGAGGAAAAAUUCAUAUUGAAAAUAAAACUCAUUGUAAAGUCGGUAAACUGCAUUUUAUACUCAAGGUGUCUUUUUCUAUGCGAUGCCAAAGAUGUUUUAAAUGCUCCAGUUUCUUCCACUGGAAGACGAAUAAAUUUGUACUGAAAUCA